AUGGAGCACGGGGUCACCGGCCCCGAACACGUCAAACCCUCCAAUAGCUUUUUCGGGAAGCUGGCGAAGUCCACGUGCGGCCCUCUGAAAGCCAUCGAGGUCCGCAGCCACCUGUGCGACACUCCUAACUCAUCCCCGAGGUGCACGGCCCACAUCACACUGAGUGUCUAUGGGCGUCUCCGUUCCGUGUCUCGUGGACGUUAUGCGAGGGUUUGGAUCCCUGACCCAGAGGAGGUCUGGAAGUCAGCAGAACUUCUGAAAGAUUAUAAACCUGGAGAUAAAGUUCUUCAGCUUCGACUUGAAGAGGGCAAGGACCUAGAAUAUUGCCUCGAUCCGAAGACCAAGGAACUUCCCCCCUUGCGAAACCCUGACAUCCUCGUUGGUGAAAAUGACCUCACUGCGCUCAGUUAUCUCCACGAACCUGCUGUUCUACACAACCUCAAAGUUCGAUUUAUAGACUCUAAACUCAUUUAUACCUAUUGUGGUAUCGUCUUAGUGGCCAUCAAUCCUUAUGAACAACUGCCUAUCUAUGGCGAAGAUAUCAUCAAUGCGUACAGUGGCCAAAAUAUGGGGGAUAUGGAUCCACAUAUCUUUGCAGUGGCAGAAGAAGCAUAUAAGCAGAUGGCCAGAGAUGAGCGAAAUCAAUCAAUCAUUGUAAGUGGAGAAUCUGGGGCAGGAAAGACGGUUUCUGCCAAGUAUGCCAUGAGGUACUUUGCUACGGUCAGUGGAUCUGCCAGUGAAGCCAACGUUGAGGAGAAAGUCUUGGCUUCAAACCCCAUAAUGGAGUCUAUUGGAAAUGCCAAAACAACGAGGAAUGACAACAGCAGUCGCUUUGGGAAAUACAUUGAAAUUGGUUUUGACAAGAGGUAUCGAAUCAUUGGUGCUAACAUGAGAACUUAUCUCUUGGAGAAAUCAAGAGUGGUGUUUCAGGCAGAAGAGGAGAGAAAUUACCACAUCUUUUACCAACUCUGUGCCUCUGCAGCAUUACCUGAAUUUAAAACUCUACGAUUAGGGAAUGCAAAUUACUUUCAUUAUACAAAGCAAGGUGGAAGCCCUGUGAUUGAUGGCAUUGAUGAUGCUAAGGAAAUGGUAAACACCAGACAAGCCUGCACUUUGCUAGGGAUUAGUGAUUCCUACCAGAUGGGAAUUUUUCGAAUCCUUGCUGGCAUCCUUCACUUGGGCAAUGUGGAGUUUGCAUCUCGGGAUUCUGACAGCUGCGCCAUUCCUCCCAAACAUGAUCCCCUCACCAUCUUCUGUGACCUCAUGGGUGUGGAGUACGAAGAGAUGGCUCACUGGCUUUGCCAUAGGAAGCUUGCAACUGCCACUGAAACCUACAUCAAGCCAAUUUCUAAACUCCAUGCCAUCAAUGCCAGAGAUGCACUUGCCAAACACAUCUAUGCUAAUCUCUUUAACUGGAUUGUAGAUCAUGUGAACAAAGCCCUUCAUUCUACUGUAAAACAACAUUCUUUCAUUGGAGUGUUGGACAUUUAUGGAUUUGAGACAUUUGAAAUCAACAGCUUUGAACAGUUCUGCAUCAACUAUGCCAAUGAAAAACUGCAGCAGCAGUUCAAUAUGCAUGUGUUUAAGCUGGAACAAGAAGAAUACAUGAAAGAACAAAUACCAUGGACCUUGAUUGAUUUCUAUGACAAUCAGCCUUGCAUCAACCUCAUAGAGGCCAAAAUGGGAAUUCUGGAUCUGUUAGAUGAGGAAUGCAAGAUGCCAAAAGGCUCGGAUGACACUUGGGCCCAAAAACUGUACAAUACUCAUUUGAAUAAAUGCUCCCUCUUUGAAAAACCACGCUUAUCAAAUAAGGCUUUUAUCAUCAAGCACUUUGCUGACAAGGUGGAAUAUCAAUGUGAAGGCUUUCUGGAAAAGAAUAAGGACACGGUUUAUGAAGAACAAAUUAAGGUCCUAAAAUCGAGUAAGAAGUUUAAGCUGCUACCAGAGCUAUUCCAGGAUGAGGAGAAGGUCAUCAGUCCCACGUCAGCCACCCCUUCAGGCCGUGUGCCAUUGUCUCGAACUCCUGUGAAGCCAGCCAAGGCCAGGCCAGGACAAACUAGCAAGGAGCAUAAGAAAACUGUGGGACAUCAGUUUCGAAACUCUCUUCAUCUGCUGAUGGAAACCCUGAACGCUACAACUCCACACUACGUGCGCUGUAUUAAGCCCAACGACUUCAAGUUUCCAUUCACAUUUGACGAAAAGCGAGCAGUACAGCAGCUGAGAGCCUGUGGUGUCCUGGAGACCAUCCGAAUCAGUGCAGCUGGUUUCCCCUCCAGGUGGACGUACCAAGAGUUCUUCAGCCGUUACCGUGUUCUGAUGAAGCAGAAAGAUGUCCUUAGUGACCGAAAGCAGACGUGUAAAAAUGUCCUGGAGAAGCUGAUUCUGGACAAGGAUAAGUACCAGUUUGGUAAGACAAAAAUAUUUUUCCGGGCUGGUCAAGUAGCCUAUCUUGAAAAAAUAAGGGCAGAUAAGUUGAGAGCUGCCUGCAUCCGCAUCCAAAAGACAAUCCGAGGCUGGCUGAUGAGAAAGAAGUACAUGCGUAUGAGGAAGGCUGCCAUCACCAUUCAGAGAUAUGUCAGAGGGUACCAAGCACGAUGCUAUGCCAAGUUCCUACGGAGAACACGGGCUGCCAUCAUUAUUCAGAAGUUCCAGCGUAUGUACGUGGUCCGCAAAAGAUACCAGUGCAUGCGAGACACUACUAUUGCUCUUCAGGCACUCUUAAGAGGUUACCUGGUCAGGAACAAGUACCAAAUGAUGCUUCGAGAGCACAAGUCUGUUAUUAUUCAGAAACAUGUAAGAGGUUGGCUGGCUCGCGUGCACUACCGUAGGACCUUGAAGGCAAUUGUUUACUUGCAAUGCUGUUACCGGCGCAUGAUGGCCAAGAGGGAGCUGAAGAAACUGAAGAUAGAGGCUCGCUCUGUGGAACGCUACAAGAAGCUUCACAUUGGCUUGGAGAACAAGAUCAUGCAGCUGCAGCGGAAAAUUGAUGAACAGAACAAAGAGUACAAAUCUCUGCUGGAGAAGAUGAAUAACCUGGAGAUCACCUACAGUACAGAGACAGAGAAGCUUCGGAGUGAUGUGGAGAGGCUUCGGAUGAGUGAGGAGGAGGCUAAGAAUGCAACCAACCGCGUUCUCAGCCUUCAAGAGGAGAUUGCCAAGCUCCGGAAAGAGCUGCAGCAGACUCAGACUGAGAAGAAGACAAUUGAGGAAUGGGCAGACAAAUACAAACAUGAAACCGAGCAGCUGGUGUCGGAACUGAAAGAGCAGAACACAUUACUGAAAACAGAAAAGGAGGAGCUGAACCGCCGCAUCCAUGACCAAGCAAAGGAGAUAACAGAGACGAUGGAGAAGAAGCUAGUGGAGGAAACAAAGCAGCUGGAGCUAGACCUGAACGAUGAGAGGUUACGGUAUCAGAACUUGCUGAAUGAGUUUAGCCGCUUAGAGGAGCGGUAUGAUGAUCUCAAGGAUGAAAUGAACUUAAUGGUGAGCAUCCCCAAGCCUGGACACAAAAGAACGGAUUCAACUCAUAGUAGCAAUGAAUCUGAAUAUACUUUUAGCUCUGAGAUCACGGAAGCAGAAGACUUACCACUGAGGAUGGAGCAGGAACCAAGUGAGAAAAAGGCACCACUGGACAUGUCUCUGUUCCUCAAGCUGCAGAAACGGGUUACAGAGCUGGAGCAAGAAAAGCAAUCCCUGCAGGAUGAACUGGACAGAAAGGAAGAACAGGCUCUUCGUGCUAAAGCUAAGGAGGAGGAAAGGCCUCCAAUAAGAGGUGCAGAGCUGGAGUAUGAGUCGCUCAAGCGUCAAGAGCUAGAAUCUGAGAAUAAAAAGCUAAAGAAUGAGUUGAAUGAGCUGCAGAAGGCCCUCACAGAAACACGGUCUCCAGAGGUAACUGCUCCUGGUGCUCCAGCAUACAGAGUCCUCCUGGAUCAGCUGACUUCAGUAAGCGAGGAACUGGAAGUACGCAAGGAAGAAGUGCUUAUCCUGAGGUCUCAGCUGGUUAGCCAGAAAGAGGCUAUCCAACCCAAGAAUACCAUGACAGAUUCUACAAUCCUCUUGGAGGAUGUGCAGAAGAUGAAAGACAAGGGGGAAAUAGCACAGGCGUAUAUUGGACUGAAGGAAACAAACAGGCAAUCUCCGCAGGACUAUCAUAUGCUGAAUGAGGACGGAGAACUUUGGCUGGUUUAUGAAGGGUUAAAACAAGCCAACAGGCUGCUGGAGUCUCAGCUUCAGUCGCAGAAGAAGAGCCACGAGAAUGAGCUGGAGUCACUGCGAGGUGAGAUCCAAAGUCUGAAGGAAGAAAACAAUCGCCAGCAGCAGCUCUUGGCACAGAAUCUGCAGCUGCCCCCAGAGGCUCGCAUCGAAGCCAGUCUGCAGCAUGAGAUCACCCGGCUGACAAACGAGAACUUGUUUUAUGAGGAGUUGUAUGCAGAUGAUCCCAAGAAGUAUCAAUCGUACCGGAUUUCCCUUUACAAACGGAUGAUUGAUUUAAUGGAACAACUUGAAAAGCAAGACAAAACUGUUCGCAAGUUAAAGAAGCAAUUGAAAGUAUUUGCUAAGAAGAUUGGUGAACUUGAAGUGGGUCAGAUGGAGAACAUAUCACCUGGACAGAUCAUUGAUGAACCUAUUCGUCCAGUUAACAUUCCACGGAAGGAAAAGGACUUCCAGGGGAUGUUAGAAUACAAGAAGGAGGAUGAACAAAAACUAGUCAAGAAUCUUAUAUUAGAGCUGAAGCCGCGUGGGGUAGCAGUCAACCUGAUUCCAGGGCUACCAGCAUAUAUUUUGUUCAUGUGUGUACGCCAUGCAGAUUACCUUAAUGAUGACCAGAAAGUGCGUUCAUUGUUGACUUCCACUAUCAAUGGCAUCAAAAAAGUGCUGAAGAAAAGAGGUGAUGAUUUUGAAACGGUGUCUUUCUGGCUGUCUAACACCUGCCGGUUUUUGCACUGUUUGAAGCAGUAUAGUGGAGAAGAGGGGUUUAUGAAGCAUAAUACACCUCGUCAGAAUGAGCACUGCCUCACUAAUUUUGACUUAGCUGAAUACAGACAAGUCCUGAGUGACUUGGCUAUUCAGAUCUACCAACAGCUGGUCCGUGUGUUGGAAAACAUCCUGCAACCAAUGAUUGUUUCUGGAAUGCUGGAGCAUGAGACUAUCCAAGGUGUCUCAGGGGUGAAACCAACAGGGCUGCGGAAGAGGACAUCCAGCAUUGCUGAUGAAGGAACCUACACCUUGGACUCCAUUAUUCGACAGCUGAACUCCUUCCAUUCAGUGAUGUGUCAGCAUGGAAUGGAUCCAGAGCUGAUCAAACAGGUUGUCAAGCAGAUGUUCUACAUCAUCGGGGCUGUAACACUUAAUAAUCUUCUCCUGCGCAAGGACAUGUGUUCAUGGAGCAAAGGAAUGCAGAUAAGAUACAAUGUGAGUCAGCUUGAAGAAUGGCUACGUGAUAAAAAUUUGAUGAACAGUGGGGCUAAAGAAACACUGGAGCCCCUCAUACAGGCUGCACAGUUGUUGCAAGUGAAGAAGAAAACAGAUGAAGAUGCAGAAGCCAUUUGUUCAAUGUGCAAUGCACUGACUACUGCCCAAAUUGUGAAAGUACUGAAUUUGUAUACUCCAGUUAAUGAGUUUGAAGAGAGAGUCUUGGUAUCAUUUAUACGUACAAUACAGCUGCGUCUGCGGGACAGGAAGGACUCUCCUCAAUUGCUCAUGGAUGCUAAACACAUCUUUCCUGUUACUUUUCCAUUUAAUCCAUCCUCCCUGGCAUUAGAAACCAUCCAGAUCCCGGCCAGUUUGGGGCUGGGCUUCAUAUCACGUGUCUGAUCCCAAGGAUGUUCUGUCAGUGUUAGAUGGAGGAUCGUUUGCCUGAUAUCAUUACCCAUUAAAACAUAGCCACUGAAAACACAUUUUUGAACAAACAGUCUCUACAUGCUCAGAUUGGUUGUAAAAGUAGCUGGGAAACUACACAACAGCACCACAGAUUGAAGGCUGAUAGGAAGAUGUGCAUUUGCACUCAGUCGUUGCACUUACAAGGACAUUACUGAUUCAUGUGUUUCCAGAAAUGGAAAUUGGGUUUGGACAAAAAUUGUGUCUUCAGCUGUUUAGAGACGUUUUUAGAUCUUUAGUAACAUAUUUAAAUAGUGUAAAUUAAACUCCAUGUAUAACCUUCUCAUAGGCAGGGACCAAUGGGGACAGUCCCGGUCCCCACACGGAAGACUUAAAAGUAAGGCAUUUUGUAGUAGAAUACACAGUUACUUGGGAGCCUGUUACUUUUAAUUUGUAAAAACUGGAAUGGAGAAGCAAAAACUUGCAAUAUAUAAAAUAAUUUCUUAAACCACUUCCUUAUUUAUGUCAGUUUGACAUAAAUUCUAGCGAUAAGUCUUAUAGCUUACUGUAUGCUAUAACAUAGGUGUUCAUUUGUUAGUACUGUGGUUUACCAAGCAUAUGAAAUUACUGCUGCAGGUUGUGUUCUUUUAAAUGUAUGACAGUAUCAUGCUAGGCACUAAAAAUAAGAUACUUCAUUUUUGGUUGUCAGCCUUAUUUACAGUCCAGUGCAGUCUGUUAUUCUAACUGGAUUUUUGCAAAUGUUAUCAAAUAUCACCUGUAAAGGAAAAUGGUAACUAAGCACAAGUAGCACACUGGAAAUUACAUGUUUAGGUUUUUUUGUUUGUUUUUUAAGCAGUUAUCUAAGAAUACAGAAUCUUGAAGCAGAUUAUCAGAAAUGAGUCUUGAUUUUUGUGUUUAUUUAGAUUUUGUAGUGCGUCCAAUGUUUUCCUUUGUUUGUAGACCCCAGGUGACAGCGUGUAUUUUCAGUAUAACGUAUUUUGUUGCCACAUUUAAAAAAAAAAAAAAAAACACCUUAAAAAUAUGAGUAUAUAGUUUCCUUCAUAUUUCUAUUUGAGAGGAAAACCAAACAGAAAAUUUCUGCAGUAGUGCAGGACUCCUUCUUUGAAAGGUUGGCCAACAAAAGCGCAAAGUUUUGACUAUGAUGCUGUCAUUGACUGCCAUUGGUGCUGACUUAAUGGCGGGGGAUCCGGAGUGCGUAAUGAGAAACGGAGUGACUUUGUUUAUUGCACAUCCAGUCAGAAGGAUUUUCUGUCUCACGCUCCUUGAACGUGUGGCAGAAUUCACAUUUCACAAUUUGCAGCGCAUGGGCAGAGGCCCUCUGUAAAGUUCCAAUCCUGAACUUUACAACGUGUCCUUUGUGGUGUAUGGCUCAAAAAAAAGAAAAAAAAAAAAAGACACCCACAUUACUCCGUUGCAUUGUGCAAUAUUUUUUAUGUAUUAUAAAAAUUAGCAACUUAAAAGUACUGAGAAAUAAUGUAGAGGUACACUAUUAGUCUGUUUGGUACUGACGUGUUUGCCUGCAAACUCACAGAAAAAAGAUUGCUUCCAAGCAGACAGAAACUUUUCAGCUGUGUUUGACUUCAGAGGCAGACAUACUGCUGAUACGGUUGCUAAAAUGGGUAAUAAAGGCAGCCUGAACUUUGGCAGUAUCAUUUUAAGAUGCUCACGUUGUCUUAUUUUCAGAUGUGUAAAACCCAUGCUGUGUUUGAUGGAGCACGCCGACCUUGGCAAGAACUAUUUCAUUGCACAGAUAUUCUGAAUGGUCUUUGCUGAUGAUUUAGGUUGUCCUUCUGUGCACAGUAUACCAAACACUUUUUUUGUUUGUUUGUUUGUUUAAAUAUUACUUGAUUUCUGAAACUACAGCUAAUGCUGAGUGGCUCCAAAUGAGAUCUAAUGUACUAACGGUGGGGUAGAGUGGUUUUCAGGCUUUUAGGGUACUGUACUUGAGAGAAUGUAAUGGGAAGGCCUUCACACCCAAGGCUAGGGAAGACAAUAUGUCAGAACAUGCUGACCUACAUGAUUUUCUCCUCAUUGGAAGACAGGGAGAUUGGCGUUACAGUAUGCUCAUACUGUCUAUCAGGAAAUGUAUCCACUACGUAAGCGUUGGUGUAUUAAAAUGUAUGCCUACCUGUAUUUUUGUUUAUUUUUAAAGUUUGUUUACCUGUAAAAAGCCUUAUUGUAUCUGUUUCCUUAAAAAAGUAGUGGCUAGUAAUUUGUAGAUAUUAUCCUUGAACUCAGUGGUUUGACUGGUAUUACUUUUAUAUCACGGUAAAAGUAUCUGCUGCUCGACAUGUUGUAAAGGAAACUACUUUUGAGUUGAAAUAGAUGUGUGAUUGGUAAUUCAGCUAAUAUUUUACCUGGCAGUAUUUUACAUGCACUUUUCAGAAGUAAAAUUUUAGUGUCAGUGUAUAAUAUAACUUUCCCCUUAGGACUAAUAUCUCUUCAACCGUUGAAUAGGAUGCAGUUAUUUUAACAACUGUUUUUUGUUUUUUUUUUUCCCUUUGAAUCAUGGUUAUGUUCUUUUCAUGUGGACAUAUCUUUUGUAUUUUAAUUUAUUAUCUAUUGCUAUAAUAGAUUCUAUUGGAUGCUGGAAAAAAUAACUCUCAAAGACCCCUUAGAGUGAUAUACCGUUAUUCUAGAGAUUUUGCACAAUUACCUCAUUCCGUUUGGUGUACCUUUAUUCCAGUGAUGAUUUUGUUCUGGUGCUUAGCACACAGUCUUCUAUCCCAAGUGUGAAAAAUCAUUUCUCAGACUUCAGUCUGGGAUGGAACACGAAAGUGCUGAAGUCCAUUAAAUGUGAAUAAUCUAUUCAACUUAGCACGAGAUAAAACAGAGCGGGAUCGGUCUCCGUGCUGAGAAGUGGGUUGCUGAGCAGUUACAUCUGCUCCUAACUCGGAAACACCAGCAUUUGCCAUUGGAAGGUCUCUGUGAUUUGUGAUUGAAACUGCACGCGUUUCAAAAACUGUACAAGUACUAGGAGUAAACACGUUGGGUUUUUUUGAGAUGCCGAGACUUCAUCUGGUAAAUAAAAGCCUCGAAACAUAGAUUUUCACUACAGUCCAUAGAUGAAACCAAAACGUUGUCAGAAUGACCUGAGCUCUGAUCUGUCGUAGUGUCCGAUGUUGUACUUAGUAAAUGUAUGCAUCAUAAAAGCUGUAGCCUAAUAGCUAUCACUGGAAAACGUCCAAAUAAAAAUACAGCUGUAAGAUUGACUCU